AGAUGCUCCACCACAUAGCAGGACUCAAGGAAAACGGAGUAGGACUGACUAUGAAAAUAAUAGCGGCUCAAAGGGGGCAACUAGUCAGGCUGAGGUUUUAGAAAACUUAUCAAGUGGCAUUGGUAAAAUUGUCACAAGUUUUGAUAAAAUUUGUGGCUUAAUGGAGAAGAGAGAAUCAAGAGAGAGUGAUCUUUUGGAUGCUAUGAACGAGACCCCAGGAUUAACUGAUGAGGCUUGCUUUAUGGCUCUUGAUUUGCUUAAUACUAAAGCAAAGCAAGAUUUCUUCUUGAAGAUGACUCCUGAACAACGACAUAAUUGGAUCACCUAUAAACAAAUGCAAUAGGUGUGGGUCAAUCUCCACUAGCGACACCUAAUAAGCAAUAGGCUAUGUUCUAUUAUUAAUUUUAAGUUAUGGAGUUUGAUUUUAUUUUGUUUGAAUUGCAGCUUGUUUUGAAUGAUUUUAAACUGGUGCUUUCUCUAUUAGCAAUGUCUGAAAUGGACAUGUAUGGAGCUGAUGAAGAGGAAGAGCAGUUUUACGAGGCUGUUAAGAUAUUAUUAAUGGCAAUACAAGCAGUGAUUUAUGUGUUAUACGAACUUGUGUUCAGCAUACGUGGUGAACAUAUUAGACGUCCGCUGACUCGUCGACCAGUGACAUCAAGUGGAUACAUAUAUAUGCACAACAUAUUGGACAGAGACCCUCAAAUCUUUAGAGAUGUGUAUAGAAUGUAUCCUGACGUGUUUCGAAAAUUAUGUAGCAUCCUAAAAGCGAAAACACCUUUACGGGAUACAAGACACAUUUGUGUUGAAGAAAUGCUUGCAACCUUUUUACUAGUUGUCGGCCAAAAUAAUCGAUACAGUGAAGCUCGGCUGAUAUUUGAGCGAUCUCAUUUUGCUGUUAGCAGAAGUUUCAACAAAGUCUUGAAGGCCUUGAAUACAAUAGCACCACAGUUUAUGGCUAAACCUGAAUCCAUACCACCUAACAUAAGAGAAAGUACAAGGUUCUAUCCUUACUUUAAGGAUUGUGUCGGAGCUAUAGAUGGCACGCAUAUUCCUGCAACGGUAGUUGGACGUGAGUUCAUAUAUGUGAUUAGUGGAUGGGAGGGUUCCGCUCAUGAUUCAAAAGUGUUGAAUGAUGCGAUUUCUAGACGAAAUGGACUCAAAGUGCCACCAGGUAAAUAUUACUUAGGGGACUGCGGAUUCCCAAAUCGACGUCAGUUCCUAGCUCCAUUUCGAGGUACUCGAUAUCACCUCAAAGAUUUUGGUGGUGAAGGAAAUCAUCCUGUCAAUGCAAUUGAGUUAUUCAAUCUUCGCCAUGCUUCCUUGAGGAACGUAAUUGAGAGAAUAUUUGGAAUAUUUAAGUCGCGUUUCACAAUCUUCAAAUCAGCACCACCAUUUUUAUAUAAGACACAAGCAGAACUAGUUUUGGCUUGUGCAGGACUGCACAAUUUUCUUCGACAGGAAUGUCGUUCAGAUGAAUUUCCUCCUGAACCAGAAGACGAUCCGAUAGACAAUCACGAAGAUAAUUUUGAAUGGGAUGAUUUUCAAACCCAAGAUCAGCAAAGAGAGAAUGCUAAUGAAUGGAGAAUGAGUAUUGCUACUCAUAUGUGGACAGAUGCCCAACCAAAUGCCAACAAUGAAAACAAUGACAAUCAAGAAAGUGAAAAUGAGGGAGAAGAAUAA